AUGAAGCUCCUAUACUUCGACAACCAGUUUCCUAAUGAAGAUCUACAGGAGCUCUACCGUGGACUUGCUGUUCGGAGCAAGGACAGAGGACAUCCACUCUUAGCACGAUUUAUUGAUAAUGCAACUUCUGCCGUACGAGAAGAGUUGCGGCUCCUGUCUUCUGCGCAGAGGGCCUUGUUCCCUCCUUUUGAGAGUGUGUUUGAUUUCUCCGACCACCCUCAGCUUCGCAAAGGGCCACUUUGUGGUUCAGUAGAGGGCGUUCUGCUCUGCGUCCUCCAACUCGCAAUUCUCAUAGGGUACUUCGAGGACCACCCAGAGGAAUUUGCCCUAGAUCCGGCCGACACCAAUCUCACCGGUUUGGGCACCGGACUCUUGGCCACUGCAGCUGUUUCGAUUGCUCCUACCUUGGCGGAACUCCCUUGGGUUGCCGCGGAAGUCGUGAGAGUUGCGUUCCGACUCGGCGUUCAUGUGGAUGGCGUUUCGGAGAAUCUUGAGCCCCGCGAUCUGUCUGGCGGGACACCCGAUACGUGGGCCGCUGUCAUCCCCGGCAUUUCGCCCGACGAUGUUCAGCGAGAGCUAGAGGCUUAUCGCCAGAAAGAGCAUAUACCGGAAUCGGGCAAAAUCUUCAUUAGUGCCCUCAGCAGAACAUCAGUGACUAUCAGCGGACCACCAUCAAGACUCAAGGUUCUGUUCCGUGACCACGACUUCUUCCGGGAUAGGCAAUAUAUUAAUUUGCCAGUAUAUGGUGGUCUCUGCCAUGCAGGACAUGUCUUUGGCCAAAGCAAUGUGCGAACCGUAGUCCGCACAAAGCAAAUGGAGCUAGUUGACUCUAGGCUGAAACCUCGAGUUCCUGUUUUCUCAACGUCAACUGGAGAGCCAUACAAGGUCGACAGUGCAGCAGGACUGUUUGAAGCGAUCGUCUCUGAAUUGCUCACCCAAGCCAUUCAAUGGGACAAGGUCGUCGAUGGCAUUGUCGAGAAGAUCGAUGAGUCCUCUGACCCAGCUAUUCAAGUAGCGGUCUUCGGCAAAUCGCAGGCAACCAAGGACCUUUUGACAGCUCUGAAAGGGGUACCUGGUCUGGAGGUUACUCCUCAAAAUCUGAAUGAAUGGGUUUCCAGGAGCCCAGAUGCCGACUUCAAGGGGCCACGAGGUCCCGCACAGUCCAAAAUCGCCAUCGUGGGUAUGUCGUGCAGACUACCCGGUGGGGCGACUAACACCGAGAAGUUCUGGGAGCUUCUUGAAAAGGGACUGGAUGUGCAUCGAAGGAUACCAGCCGAUCGAUUUGAUCUUGAAACCCACUUUGAUCCCACCGGAAAAUCGAUGAACAAGACUCCGACCGAAUACGGCUGUUUCAUCGACGAGCCUGGUCUGUUCGAUGCGCCAUUCUUCAAUAUUUCCCCGAAGGAAGCCCAGCAAACUGACCCACAGGGACGACUCGCUUUGGUCACGGCUUAUGAGGCUCUCGAACGAGCUGGAUACGUUCCAAAUCGUCUGGGUCAAGGCCACUUCCUCACAACUGGUCCUAACGCUUGCAAGACGUGGGAUUCUGAGGCAGAUGGCUACUGCAGAGCUGACGCUGUCGGGUCUAUUGUUAUGAAGAGGCUGGAAGAUGCCGAGGCCGAUAACGAUAAUAUCAUGGGAGUCAUACUGUCCGCCGCUACUAAUCACUCAGCGGAAGCCAUUUCCAUUACUCAUCCACUCGCUGAGGCACAAUCAGAGCUCACUCGGAUGGUCAUGAAUCGAGCCGGCGUGGACCCUCUUGAUGUUGGCUUUGUAGAGAUGCAUGGCACUGGAACUCAAGCCGGCGAUAUGGAAGAAAUCAAGUCUGUUACGGACGUGUUCGCUCCCAUCGGCGGUGCGGCUCGGCGUCGCAGCCCCAAGCAACCACUCUACAUCGGCGCUGUCAAGUCUAAUGUUGGCCAUUCCGAGUCAGCAGCUGGCAUAACGGCCUUGAUCAAGGUGUUACUCAUGUUCCAGAAAGGCUUUAUUCCACGACACGUUGGUAUCAAGAACAGCCUCACGCCUAAAUUCCCCAAGGACAUUGGCAAACGCAAUGUUCAUAUCCCGUUCGAGCAAGUCCCGUGGCCUCGUAUCCCAGGCAAAAAGAGGAUAGCAGUUGUCAACAAUUUCAGCGCCGCUGGUGGAAACACGUCCAUCGCCAUUGAAGAGCCUCCAGUCAGACCAGAGCCUGAGCUCAGCGAUCCCCGUGCUGCUCACGUUGUUACUGUGUCUGCCAAGAGCAAGAAGUCGCUUGAAGGGAACCUGAAGAAGCUCAUCGCAUACUUGGAUGCAUACCCUGAUGUUUCAUUGGCCAGUCUCUCGUACACCACAACUGCUCGCCGGCAUCACCAUAGCUACCGUGUCACGGUCUGUGCCACAGAGACAGCGCUGGUCAAGAAGCAUCUUGAGUCGAAGCUGGCCGCUGUUGAUUCACAGAAGCCAAUCGCCGCACCUGGUUCAAACCCGAUUGCAUUUGCUUUCACUGGCCAAGGCGCAUCUUAUCGAUCAAUGAACUUGGAGCUUUAUCACGACUGUCCGUUCUUCCGGUCUCAAAUUCAGAACCUCGACUCUCUUGCGCAGUCACAAGGAUUCCCAUCAUUCAUACCAGCAGUGGACGGGAGCUUCCCACAAGAUCACGCUCACAGCCCCGUCGUAACGCAGCUGGCUUUGGUGAGCAUCGAGAUCGCACUUGCCAGGUAUUGGAACUUGCUGGGAAUCCAACCCAGCGUGGUCAUUGGGCACAGCCUAGGAGAAUACGCAGCGAUGCACGUCGCUGGAGUUCUAUCAGCGAGCGAUGCCAUUUAUCUAGUUGGAAAGAGGGCCCAACUCCUUGAGAAGAAGUGCCACAUUGGAAGUCACAAAAUGAUGGCUGUGACAGCCACACUGGAUGAGAUCGAAAAGAGCGCUGGCGGUGCACCCUACGAAGUUGCUUGCAUCAACGGGCCAAAGCAAGUCGUGCUGAGCGGGCCAUGUGGAGAGAUCGAUUCACUGGAGAAGGUUCUGAAGGACAACGGCCAUCGAUGCCAGGUCCUUGAGGUGGCUUUCGCGUUCCACUCAGCACAGACAGACGCAAUUCUGGACGAGUUUGAGGCCAUUGCAAAGACAUCUGUCGACUUCAAGGAGCCCCAGAUUCCCUUUGUCUCGUCACUUCUGUCUAAAGUCGUUUGCGAUAGCAAGACCCUGAAUGCCAACUACGUGCGGCGCGCAACCCGCGAAACUGUGGACUUCGUUGGAGCUCUUGAUACUGCUCAGAAGCAGGGUAUGAUCGAGGACUCGAUGGCAUGGAUUGAGAUAGGACCACACCCGGUCUGCAUGGGCUUUGUCAAGGCCAAUAUUCCAUCCACUACUGUUGCAGUACCGUCUAUUCGAAGAGGUCAGAGCAACUGGACAACUCUCGCGGAAACAAUGUCUGCAUUGCAUUCAGCCGGAGUCGAGGUCAAUUGGAACGAAUUCCACGGCCCAUUUGAGAACAAACUUCGUCUGCUAGACUUGCCAACCUACGCUUGGAAUGACAAGAAUUACUGGAUGCAGUACAAGGGAGACUGGUGUCUGACAAAGGGAAACACAUUUUAUGUUGGUGCUGAUAAGACUCAGAACCAGGCGCUCACUGCGCCGUUGCCUGAGUCGAGUCUCAGAACCUCUUCUGUCCACCAGAUCUUGGAAGAGAGCAUUUAUGCCGACUCAGGAAAAGUUGUGAUGCAGUCAGAUUUGAUGCAGAAAGAUUUCUUUGAUGCUGCACAUGGCCAUAGUAUGAAUGGGUGUGGUGUUGUCACUUCGUCCAUCCACGCUGAUAUUGCGUACACCCUUGGCGACUAUCUCUACAAAAAGAUCAGGCCCGAUGCAGGAAAGGUUGACAUGGAUGUGCGUGGAUUGAAUGUUCUCAAGGGCCUUGUGUCACAAAAGUACAUCAAAACACCACAGCUUGUCCGCGUGUCCGCCGAGAUCACCGACAUCGAUUCAGGCGUUGCACAGCUCAAAUGGUACAAUGUCACACCUACGGGAGAUGUCGAGGAUCCAUUUGCAAGCGCUGAGCUGCGCUUUGGUCAGGCCAAAGCAUGGCUCGAUUCUUGGAGCCCGAUGACACAUCUGAUUCAGAGCAGAAUCGAGGCUUUGGAGCAGAUGUCUGUCCGGGGCGAGGCAACGCGUUUCUCGCACAAUAUGGCAUAUCGCCUUUUUGCCAACAACCUUGUCGACUAUGCCUCCAAAUACCGUGGCAUGCAGUCAGUUGUUCUUCACGAGCUCGAGGCAUUCGCCGAAGUGACCCUGUCACAUGAGAAAGCCGGGUCCUGGACGAUACCACCGCAGUACAUCGACAGUGUCGCCCAUCUGGCAGGUUUCAUCAUGAAUUGCUCUGAUGCUAUGGAUACUCAGAACAACUUCUGUGUUACUCCAGGCUGGAAAUCCAUGCGCUUUGCCACCAAGUUCGAGGCUGGUGCCAAAUAUAGGUCCUACGUGAAGAUGAUACCUACAGCGGAGGAUCCUUCAGUCUUCAUGGGUGAUGUGUAUAUCUUGCAGAAUGAUGCCAUCGUUGGCAUGGUCGGAGGAAUCACGUUCCGAAAAUAUCCACGAGUCCUUCUCAACCGUUUCUUCUCGCCACCUGACGCCGACCAGGCUAAGACCGCUUCCAAAGCGGCUGCGCCAGCCAAGCCUUUGCCUGCUCCUAAGCCCAAGGCGGCGACAGAGCCUGUGAAAAGCAAGGGAGCGCCGGAGCCAGCGCAGGCGGCUUGGAGUACAUCUUCAGGCGCAUCUACACCACUGGAGCCAAUGUGGACGCCCAGUAUCGAAAAGAGCGAAAUGACUGAGCCAGCUACUCCCAUAGAGCCUUCUGCACAGAAAAUCCCCGCACCCCUUGCCGCGAAUGCUGAAGCCGAUGCUGGCGAGGGCAGUGACCUUGCUGACAAGGCCAUGAGACUCAUCGCCGAUGAGACGGCGAUAGAUGAAGCAGACCUUGUCAACGAGGCGAGUUUUGCGAGCCUAGGUGUCGACAGUCUGAUGAGUCUGGUUAUCGCUGAGAAGUUUCGUGAUGAGCUGGGAGUGCAGGUCAGUGGUGGAUUGUUUCUGGAGUACCCAACUAUUGGUGAUUUGCGCGGCUGGCUGGUGGAGAAUUACAGUUAG